AUGACUCCUGCGGCGGCGCCGGGGCUGCCUCUUCUGCUCGCCCUGUUGCUGCUGUGCCAUCCGCUGGCCGGUGAGCCGGGCCAGGGAGCGGACACUUGGUCCCGCUUCAGCCGCCUGCCCUUCCCGGAGGACGCCCUCUUCCUCUACGACAACUUCCCCGAGGGCUUCUCGUGGGGGGCAGGCAGCGCGGCGUACCAGGUGGAAGGCGCCUGGAGCCUCGACGGCAAGGGGCCCUCGGUGUGGGACACUUUCGCGCAGCGUCGCCGCCGCGCCACGCCUCUCCAGAGCGGCGCCACCGCUGCGCCGCCACCGUCCGGCGACGUGGCCAGCGACAGUUACCACAACGUCGAGCGCGACCUGGAAGCGCUGAGCCUGCUGGGGGUCUCCCACUACCGCUUCUCCCUGGCCUGGGCGCGCCUCCUCCCCAACGGCACGGCGCCCGCCAACCUCGCCGGCGUGCGUUAUUACGUGCGCCUCCUCUCCGGCCUGAGGCAGCUCGGCGUGGAGCCCGUGGUCACCCUCUACCACUGGGACCUGCCCCAGCACUUGCAGGACGCUUAUGGCGGCUGGGAGAACCCGGCGCUCGUCGACCUUUUCCGGGACUACGCCGAGCUCUGCUUCAGCCACUUCGGCGACCACGUGCGCUAUUGGCUCACCAUAGACAACCCUUACCUCGUGGCGUGGCACGGCUACGCCACGGGCAAGCUGGCCCCUGGCGUGCGAGGCGGGCGGGAAACGGGCUACAGAGUGGCGCACAACCUUCUCAAGGCCCAUGCCAAAGUGUGGCAUCUUUACAAUGAUCAUUUCCGUCCCACUCAAGGAGGUAAAGUGUCAAUUGCUUUAAGUUCCCACUGGAUAAAACCUCAACAGAUGACUGGAAGUGAUAUAAAGGAAUGUCAGAAAUCUCUCGACUUUGUUCUGGGCUGGUUUGCUAAGCCCAUAUUUAUUGAUGGAGACUACCCCCAAAGCAUGAAGAGUUAUCUUUCCUCAGGACUGCCAGAAUUCACUGAAGCAGAAAAGAAGUUUGUCAUGGGGACAGCUGAUUUCUUUGCUCUUUCCUUUGGAGCCACAUUGAGUUUCCAACUGGUUAAUUCUGACAUGAAAUUCCAGCAGCGAGAAGCACUAAGUUUAAGGCCACUGCUUUACUGGAUAAGUAGCGAAUAUAACAAACCACAGAUCUUCAUUGUGGAGAACAGCUGGUAUGUUUCUGGUAGCACGAAGUUGGAUGACUCCAUGCACGUGAAUUAUCUUAAAGAUUUCAUUAUGGACACAUUAAAAGCUAUCAGAUAUGAUGAAGUUACUGUCAUUGGGUACACGGUUUGGUCUCUAAUGGAUGGCUUUGAAUGGCUCAGAGGCUACAACAUCCGACGGGGGCUGUUUUAUGUUGACUUUCAAAGCCAGGAUAAAAAAUUGAUGUGGAAGUCUUCAGGUUUGUUCUACCAAAAGCUGAUAGAGGACAAUGGCUUCCCCAAAGGACCAGAAAACCAGCCCAUAGAAGGGUCUUUCCCCUGUGAUUUUGCUUGGGGGAUUACGGACGAUUUUCUUCAGGUAGAUACAACUCAAUCCCAGUUCCUUGACCCUAACGUUUAUGUCUGGGAUAUUCAUCACACCAAGAAGCUCAUUAAAAUUGAUGGAGGUAGUGUCCCAAAUCGCAAGCCUCAUUGCGUUGAUCUUGCUGCAAUCAGGCCCCAGGUGUCUUUACUUCAGGAAAUGCACAUCACACACUUCCAUUUUUCACUGUCGUGGCCUUUGAUUCUCCCUCUAGGUAAUGAGACUUACAUUAACCACACACUCCUAUUUUACUAUCAGUGUUUUGUCAGUGAACUUCUCCGAGUGAAUAUAACUCCUGUUGUUGCUUUAUGGCAUUAUGUGGCUAAAAAUCAAGGACUUCCUCUUCCUCUAGCCAAUAAUGGAGGAUGGGACAACCGGCACAUUGUGGAAGCCUUUGUUGAGUAUGCUAAGUUCUGCUUUAAAAAACUUGGCCAGCAUGUCAAAUUUUGGAUUACAACGAAUGAACCCAGUGUGAAGAAGCUAUCCUAUAAAGCAACCCAUAAUAUGCUGAAAGCCCAUGCCAAGGCAUGGCAUCUGUAUGAUAAAAAAUUCAGAAAGACUCAGAAAGGUAAAAUAUCUAUUGCUUUCAAUGCCAACUGGUUUGAGCCAGCCUUUCCCUUUUCAAAACAUGAUGACAGUGCAGCUAAGCGAGUUUUGGAAUUUGACAUUGGCAGGCUUGCUGAACCCAUCUUUGGAACUGGUGACUAUCCAGAUGUGAUGCGACAGUGGCUUCACGAAAGAAACAGCCAUGGUUUUUAUGAUAUUCACUUACCUUAUUUCUCGGAGGAGGAAAAAAAUCUCAUCUGUGGUUCAUUUGACUUCUUUGCCUUGAGUCACUACACGACGUCUCUUGUGACUUCUGAAAAUGAAAACCCCAAAAAUUAUGAUCACCACCUCAAGGUCCAAAUGCUAAAUGAUAUCACCUGGGUGAAAUCGGCCAACAAAAAUCCAGUGGUGCCCUGGGGCUUACGCAAGCUCCUCAACUGGAUUAAAAAUAAAUAUGGCAAUAUCCCCAUUUACAUCAUAGCCAGUGGAAUUGAUGAUGAACAGAAUGUGGAUCAAGACAAGUUGAGAAUGUAUUACAUAGAGAAUUAUAUUAACGAAGCCUUAAAAGCCUACACCUUGGACAAUGUUAACCUGCGUGGCUUCUUCAUCUAUUCUUUCAGUGAUACAGAUGAUUCUAGAUACGGCCUGUAUCGUUAUGUGGUAAACCAAUAUGAUCCAAAGCCUUCCAUGAUGCAUUAUAGACAGAUCAUUGACAAUAACACCUCCCAUGGCCCGGAAACCUCUCGCCUGCUUUGCCCAAAAGAGCUUGCUCUCUGUCCAGAAUGUGACUUUUUCCAACCCAGAAGAUCUGUGCUGGCAUUUGUAGGUUUUAUAUUGUUUGCUUUCAUUGUUACUAUAUUUCUGAUCACUUACUACUCCAAGAAGACUGACAGAAGGCAUAAACACAGCUUUCCUAUUGCUUGCCGCCCUUCACCUGCGUUACCUGGGGGAGCUCAGAAUUAA